AUGGAACGUAUCAUCGGCGGCAAGUACAAGCUCGGCCGGAAGAUCGGCGGUGGCUCUUUCGGAGAGAUUUUUCUGGCUACACACGUCGAUACCUUCGAGAUCGUAGCCGUUAAGAUUGAGAACAGUAAAACGAAGCAUCCUCAACUUCUCUACGAAGCCAAGCUGUACAGAGUUCUUGAAGGAGGAAGUGGAAUUCCGAGAAUAAGAUGGUUUGGAGUGGAUGGAACAGAGAAUGCAUUAGUGAUGGAUUUGCUAGGGCCAAGUCUCGAAGAUCUUUUCGUGUAUUGCGGAAGAAAAUUCACACCAAAGACGGUUUUGCUGUUGGCUGACCAAAUGCUAACGAGAAUAGAAUAUGUACACUCCAAAGGAUAUCUGCAUAGAGACAUCAAACCUGAUAACUUUCUCAUGGGCCUUGGACGGAAAGCGAAUCAGGUUUAUGUGAUUGACUUUGGACUUGCCAAAAGAUAUCGUGAUGCCAACACCAACCGCCACAUCCCUUACAGGGAACACAAGAAUUUAACAGGAACAGCACGAUAUGCAAGUUGUAAUACUCAUCUUGGAAUUGAGCAAAGUCGACGGGAUGAUCUAGAAUCGCUUGGAUAUGUGCUUCUGUAUUUCCUAAGAGGAAGUCUUCCGUGGCAGGGUCUAAAGGCUGUUGACAAGAAGCAAAAAUAUGACAAGAUUUGUGAGAAGAAGAUAUCAACUCCCAUUGAGGUUUUAUGCAAGAAUCAUCCUGUGGAGUUUGCUUCUUAUUUUCAUUAUUGCCACACGCUGACAUUUGAUCAGCGGCCUGAUUAUGGAUUCUUGAAGCGGCUUUUUCGCGAUUUAUUCUCACGGGAAGGGUAUGAGUUCGACUAUAUAUUUGACUGGACUAUAAUUAAGUAUCAACAAGCACAGAAAAAUAGAAACCAGUCUCAGGCAGUUCCUGGGUCUAGCAAUUCUCGUGCAAUACCAAUGGACACAAGCAAUCAUCGGGGAGGACCCAAUAUUCCUUAUGAAGCUGAGGCCUCUGAACGCAUCAGAUCGGCUAAUGCCAUUGGUCCAAGCCCACAGAUAAACAACAAUCCUGCCGCAGGGAGGAGUCUUGGUUUUGAUCACCCCGUCCACAAGAAUAUGAACAUGCCAUCCACUUCAUUAUCUCCUGCUGCGGGUACCUCAAAAAGAAACGUCGGAAAGUCGGCUUUCCCACCGGAAACCUCGAAUUCGGGGUAUGAUAGUGGGAAUAGAACCGGCGGCUGGACUUCAUCAUUCAUGUCUCCGGGGAAAUGA